AUGUUCAAUCGACUUAACCGAUACCAGUGGCCUGGAGAGUGUCCUACUGACGAGGUACUGUUGGAGCCUUGUACAGAAGAACCGGCUAUCCUGCCAUCACCAGCAGCAACAAUUAAAAACAACCCAAACGACCGUAGGAAGAUACUUGUUUUUGGUGACGAGUAUGCCAGGAACUUCAGAAAAGUUCUAGAACUGAACAUUGACAAAUCCAGGUUUACCACUGAGUCCUAUGUAAAGCCAAAUAUCGAGUUUGCAAUGGCGACCAAGGAUAUAUUCACGAAAACAAUACCUAUGGAAAAGACGACUUUGUAA